AUUAGAUGCAAUAUAGAUAGACCGUGGUAGAAUGCAUUCUUUACAUGGUUGUACGUACUCGAGUAUUGUAGUUAUUAUCUCACCAAACACGUCAGAUUAUUUCUCGUCGAAAAGCAUAGCCGAUAUGAAGAUUCGCGAUGAUUAUAAGAGCUGGACAUUGAGUGCAGACUAUAUACGAUUCUGGUCUACACGAUCACAAACGAAUACACUACUUAAAACAGAAUUGGAUUGCAGCGAGGUUAUCGACAUUGUGACUGAACAACGACUCCAAUCUCUACAAACCACUGCUCCAAGCAACGGGGCGUCUAGAGGCGAUUCCUCUGCUCUUAAUGUUUCUAACAAUUCUUCUGUUCCUGAGGUCCCUGAUUAUUCCUCUGCUUUUGAUAUCUCUGAUGAUUCUUCUGCUCUCAAUGAAACAACAAGUCUCAUUAAUACCAUGUUGAUUGAAGUGAAGGACUAUUUAGUCAGUAUCAUGAAUAACUUUGUAAACAAAGAAGAUACAAACGAUAAUCCAUGGAUCUGCUCUAGCGAAAUCCUCGUGAAACACAAGACCCUACCAGUGGAAUCCUACGUGUAUGAACUCGCGUCUUUGACCCACAUUCUUUUUCUUUGCAAAGACCAACAUAGCGAGAUUGCAGAAAAAGUUUUUUCUUUGGAAACACUGCAGCAACUAACGGCUUUCUUUGAACAAAAGAUAAUGAACCAUAACCUUGACUUUCCCUCGAACCAUUUUAUGACAAUCACCAAUACUCUUACGGAUUUCAGCUUAGCAGAAAAAACAAGAGAACAAGCAAUUAUUGAGUUUACAGUUCUGGCUUCUCAGAUGAAUUAUGGCCAAAAACGGCUUCUAUAUGGUAUUACCAACCUUGAAAGCGAGUUGUGGAGUACGUACUUCGAUCCCCUAUUGUCUUGCCUCAUAAGCGAUCCUGACCGGCUCAUUCAUCUUCGCUGGACUAAUGCUAUCCCUAUUUUUUUUUUUUCUUUUUUUUUUGAAUUUAAUUCACGUACUUUAUUAAAACCAAGCUCUGUACCUGCUAUCCCUAUGGAAAAAGGAAAAAAUCGACCUGAUGCAGUAAUUAGUGAAAAACGACAGAUGUCAUUUGGAAAUAGUGUUGGUUAUGGUGAGGCCAAAACCCUACAAGGUUCUUGUAGCAAGUCAUUAUGUCUGGACACGCUCCGUUUGGCAAUAUUCACUAAAAAUGCCAUUGAUAUAAAUAAACUUGAUGGUGCUCUUACCUUUCAAAUACAUGGUUUCAAUAUCAUUUUUUACCUUCAACAAUUAACUGACAAGGGCAUAUAUACCUUUGUUGAAAUUGCUCACUUUCGCUUUUCUCAAUCCCUGGAUGAUUUACCUUCUCUCGUCACUAUGAUCAAUAUCAAAAAGCUCCUUGGGGUCAGUGACGUUUUCUGGAGCCUCUGUAGAAAAUCCAAGCAACCCGAUAUAAUUGAAGAAAGAUACAGAAGAAUUCUAAUGAGUUUGGAUGCCAUGAUUGAUACAGCUCAAGACAGCACACGCCGAUGUGUUUUGAGAUUUGGUCACUAA